CAGAAGUGACUAGGCCUCCGCCGUGUGCUGUUCUAGUGAUGGCGAACCGAAAGUGGAUCCUGCUCAUCUUCAUCCUCUACGUAGUGGUGCUCCCGUUGGUCUAUAUUAUGAAAGAAGGGAUGAAGCAAGAGUUCGCCGAAUUGCAGGAGGAACGCAGGGCAGACAUGGACUCCUUCUACAACUACAUAGUUUUCCUCCUCUCCUUCCAAGCCUUAGUUCGAUCCGUCGGGAACUACAACUUGUACGGUCCGGGUCGACGUGGCAACAACCUCCGUCCCAGGUUAACUUGGUCAGUAUUCGCGAACAUGUUUUUUUCCUAUGUGUUUUUUCUCGUUACUAACCUCUGGGGUUUGGAAUUGUUUCAUGCGUUGAAAGAAGCGAAACAACAACGUGAACUCAAAGUGUGCAAGAACCUGACUAGAAUCGCCUAUACCACAGGACUUUACUGUUAUGAUUUCAUUCCGAAAUAUUUGAAUUAUUAUGAUUUCAUCGAAGAGGUUGAGGUUACUGUGGAGUCUUGUUUGAAAUAACCAUAUUUCAAACAUUGUGCUCAUUUUUAAUACUGUUUGUUCAAAGAUUAAUAUUCUUGUCAGACAGUAUAAGAACGGAGAACAGUAAUAUCAGUGAUAAGUGUCACAAAAUGCCUAAAGCUUAAUCAUUAAAAUUAAUCUUUUAAAGCAUAUUUUUAGUCAACAG